UUUAAGCAGCUUUUUCUUCUCAUUUUUCAUCUUUCAUUUCCUUCUUUUUUCUCUUUUUCUUUCUUCACAGAUUAUAAUUCUUUUAAUCAAGUCAGGAUUUAACCCAUACAUUCGCUUAUCUAAGUUUUCUACUCUUUCUUCUCUCCCAUCAUAUUCUACCCAAAAUGCAAUUCUCCAGAGCCUUAUUACUUGCUGCUGCUGCCGCUGCCGUUUCUGCUGGCUACGCCAACACCACUGUCUACGACAUCGACACCACUGUUAUCACCAUCACUUCUUGUGAAAGUGUCACUGUCUGUACUGAAGUCCCAGUCACCACCGGUGUCACCACUGUCACCGAAACCAUCAAAGGUACCAAGACUGUUUACACCACCUACUGCCCAUUACCAGAAGAAACCGAAUCUUACACUCCUCCAGUUUCUUCUUCCACCAAAAAAGGUAAUGAUACUGUUCCAGAAGUUGAAACUGCCAAUGGUGCUAGCAAAGUCGCUUUCGGUUUAGGUUCCGUCGCUGCCGUUGCUGGUUUGUUAUUAUUCUAAGUCUGCUGCUCCUAUAGCUAGUCUGCUUACAAUAAAAAUAUUUGUUGAAACUCAAUGAUACCAGUAGAUAAUAAAUUUCCCAUUUUAAUAUGGUUUACUUUUUGUAAAUUUUUUUAACCACUUAAUAAAUUCUCAAGUUUCAAUUUACAAACAAAUCAAAAAAAAACUCAAAAAAAUAUCAAAUCUAAACCUUUUCCUUUUUCAUUUUCUUUAGAUAAUAUACAUUGCAAUCUUUGGUAUUAUUUAAUUUUUUACUAUUGUAGAUUCUUAUUUAGUAUUUUAUUGAUUCAAAUUGUAUUGCUUUUGUUCUUCAAUAAAUUUCUUUUGCU